GCCUUUCAAAACACACCCAUUUUUCUGCUUCGCCCCGCUCCCUCUCUCAAUGACAGUAGUCAGUAGCGUCUCCUUCCGCCCCACCCUUCGGUUUUGACCUCAGGUUGAGCGGUUGCCGAUCACCUGUCGCUUCCAUGGCGAGGCCCGCAUCUACUCCCGAUGAUCUCCGCCCGGGGACGACCCAAGCUCCACCCGUGAGUGGCUCCAGGACUGCAAGCCCUGCAAUUCCGAUAACCGGCCUAUGGAAGAAGGGACAGAUGAAGCCAACAACACCGGACAGCAGUUCACUCUCCCUACCCCAGUGGGAGCACAGCAGAGGACGAGCCCACACAAAGAUCCCACAAGAAAGCUGCCGAUUGCUCAUAUUAUAGCCUUAAAGAAGUUUGACAACGGAAGCGUGGAGUGGGGGACGAACAGGAUGGAAUCCAGCCUCCAGGCCAUGGAUUACGACAACGGAUCCAUCAUCGUUUUGGAGGCAGGCUAUUACUAUGUGUACUCCCAAGUCUCGUUCGUGGGGCCCAGCUGCAAUAACACCUCAGAGGUCCUGGAGAGUAAAGUUCUGUACCAGCAGCAUUCUAGCCACAAAGUCCUGGAACUCAUGGAGGCAACCCAGUCAGCCUGCGAGGGGUCCAACAAAAAGAGAUGGUACCAGUCGAUCCGGCAGGGCGGCGUCUUCCAGCUGGGCAAAGGCACGUCCCUUUCCCUGAAGAUCAGUCCCCUAGACAGGGCUGAAACGGAAUACCACAAGACCUAUUUCGGAGCUUUCAAAGUCCAGUGAUUGCCUCUGUGGGCCGAGAGGUGGGUAAGGAGAGAGGAGACGCUGGCUCCAUUAAAACACAGCCCCUUACCCAUCCCAGGCCCCAUGCUCCAAGUGAACAUUGAUGAAGGACUGCCCCUUCGAGGGGCUAAUUUGCAAAUUAUGAUCUUCCCCCAACCAACCCCCUUGUACAUUGAAUCUCAAAGACCGGCUGGUUUUGGAGUUCCCGCCGCUUUUUAAGGGGGUGGCAGUGUUGGGGGCGGGGAGAAGGUAGUUUCCGUAGAGAGUGUAAAUACCGCCGCCUCUUCAUCCCACCAGCGUUCCGCCAUUGAAGUGGGGUUAAAGCUGGGAUGAUCUCCGGCUUGUUGGAAAAGAUGUGGGAAAGUCACUGAGGAUCGGGUUCGGGAGAAAGUGGUGAGGGGUGGGGGCAGGGCGUCACCACUCUCUUCGGAUCGGCGGCUGAUCCUCCGGCACACCGACUCUGCACUUUCUGUGGGGAGGGGGAGUGAAAGGGUUCUCGCCGCUCGGAAUGAAGGGGACUUAUAAACUUCUCUCCAGGGCGAGGACGGUUGAGGACCCAAGAUAUCCGGGGCUGCGGGACAAGGGCUGUGACUGAGAGCGCUCAGGGAGCUUCCGAGCGGGGCUUUGACCAUAAAGCAUAUGAGCAGAUUUAGGCUAUCCAGCCGUGGCCUUUUGGAUACGUUCUAACAUGGAGCAAAACUGCCCAGCAUUUUCCUGCAUCCCAGGAAUCCAUGCUGGGAAGGAAUGUCUGGUUUAGGAACCGAACCUACUCAGUCGAUCAGGCCCCGUGGAGAGGCAAUUCCUAAGAAUUAUUCAAGUCGAUGUGCCUCUGUUACAAUUCUCCAAAGGUGACUUCAAUGCCUGAUAGAGGUGAAUAAGCUGAUGAGAGGCAUUGAUCGUGAGAGACAGAGGAUUUUUCCUGGGGCUGAAAUGGCUAACACGAGAGGGCACAGUUUUAAGGUGCUUGGAAGCAGGUACAGAGGAGAUGACAGGGGCAAGUUUUUUUAACUCAGGGAGUGGUGAGUGCAUUGAAUGGGCUGCUGACGGUGGUGGGGGAGGAGGCAGAUAUGAUGGGGUCUUUUCAGAGACUCCUGGAUAGGUACAUGGAGCUUAGAAAAAUAGAGGGCUAUGUAUAACCCUCAGUAACUUCUAAAGUAAUUCCAUGUUCGGCACAGUAUUGUGGGCCGAAGGGCCUGUGUUGUGCUGUAGGUUUUCUAUGCUUCUAAUCCCAAGGCAGUUCCCUACCUUAGACUGUUCCCGCUUGAGUCACGAACAUGGGGUCGGGAUAAGGGGUCUGUCUUUUGAAAACAGGGACGUGCGGAAAUAUCUCUCGAGGUAGUGAGGCUCUGAGAUUCUCUGCCUCCGAGGCAGAGCAAGUAGGGAAUCGUUGGAUAGAUUAAAGGAGGAGACAUAAAUUCUUUAUCCAUUGUGGAAUCGAGCAUGAGUGGGGAGCUAGCAGGUAAAAUAGUUGAGGAGAGCGAAAAAAGAACAAGUAAAAGGGGUCGCGGACACAGGGACCUGUAUUAAAUUAAAACACACUAAAAAUCUCAACGGGCCGAGCAGUAUCUAUGGAGGCAAAAGGCACGUCCACAUUUCACGUUGCGAUCCCAUAUCAGGAAAACAGUCAUGAUCACUUUGGAUGGCAGGGCAGGUUUGAGAGCCUACUCCUGAAUGUACUGACCGGAGCUUCUGAAAUAUCACCUCUCCACAGAGGCUGGCUGACCGGCUGAGUGUUACCAGUGUUUUCUGAAUUUAUUUCAGGUUUCAAUGAAUUGCCUCCAGGAGGCAAGAGCACUUUAGGAUGGGGCUCAGCCCCCGCGCCCCCCACCUCAAACGAGUGUCUAUGGUUGAGUUUGGGAAAUGGUCUGAGUGGGAUUACUCUGAAUAAUCGGCCGAAGGGUCGUUCUUCAUGGGUAAACAAAACUAAUUGGACAGGCUGUGGUGGGAAGCCGGUGCCAUUGGAAAGGAGACUCCAGGACUGAAUGCAGUCUCAUGGUCAAUGCUUGCUGCUAGUGUUCUGAAAUUUAGUGCCUUUAUUUAUUAAAUGCGUGCUUUUGAUCUAACUUAUUUUAACAGAUAUUUUCGGGUGUUAAAAAUUUGGUGAUGGGAUGUUGUGUUAGAGACAGAGCGAAUUUCGCUGUGACACUGGGAAACUGCGUUUAGGAUUUUUUUUGCACAGGGGAUUCGUGUUGGCGGAUCUCCAUCCCUCAGGGUCAAUAAAGAGGA